CUUUUCAGCUCAUUUUCUCCCUGUCAUUCUCCCUCAAAUCUUUGAUCAAUGUACUACUGUAGAGAGCGGAGAUCCUGCAAAAGAACCCAUCAUUUUAAUCUUCUCCUUUAGCUCGUGUGUAAAAACAAGCAGAAGAGAACUCAUCCUUCUGGAUUUGUUUGUUUUUAUUUGGUGUUUUUCCCCUUUUUGUUUCGGGGACACUUUUGUAUACUGGCUGUAUACCUUGAACUUAAAUCCCAUAGGUGACCAUGGCCGUCCCGGCUGCUUUGUUACCCCCGACACCGCUGGUCCCUCAGCCUCCGAUCUCCACUUCUACCGUCACCGCUACCUCCUCCUGUUCUCCUUCGGCGACCUCCUCUCCCUCUCCAGCGGGCGCCCCUACAGCGCAGACCCCGUACCGCUCCGAGGCGAUGACGACCUGCAGCCCAGGCGUGUCCGCCGCCAGCCUGCCGGGUAAACCUGUCUACUCGACACCUUCCCCCGUUGAGAACACCCCGCAGAAUAACGAGUGCAAGAUGGUGGAUCUGAGGGGGGCUAAGGUGGCUUCAUUCACGGUGGACGGACAGGAGCUGAUCUGCCUGCCGCAGGCUUUCGACCUGUUUCUGAAACACUUGGUUGGGGGUUUGCACACAGUUUACACUAAACUGAAGCGACUGGAGAUCACACCCGUAGUGUGCAAUGUGGAGCAGGUCCGCAUCCUCAGGGGACUCGGGGCCAUCCAGCCAGGGGUGAACCGCUGCAAACUCAUCUCUAGGAAGGACUUCGAGACCCUGUACAACGACUGCACCAACGCCAGCUCCAGACCCGGGAGGCCUCCAAAGAGGACACAGAGUGUCACAUCCCCUGAAAAUCCUCAUAUCAUGCCGCACACCGUCCCAGGCCUCAUGUCUCCAGGAAUGAUUCCCCCUACAGUGGCAAGAUUCCACGCACUCUUCUACAGAGUCCAUUCUUGCACUGAUGAUAGUUUGCAGGAUAGUGACAAAUGUCGGCCCAGCUCAGGUCUGACAGCUGCAGCAGCUGCCGCAGCUGCAGCCACAAAUGCGGCAAUUGCAGAGGCCAUGAAGGUGAAGAAGAUCAAGCUAGAAGUUAUGAGCAGCUACCACAGCAGCAAUAACCAACAUGGGGCAGACGCUGAAAAUGGUGACCUGAACUCCAGCGUAGGUAGCAGUGAUGUUUCCUGGGAUAAAGAGAAACUGCAGUCUCCUAAUAUCCAAGGAUCACAGGCCUCAGUAACCCAUGCCAGCCUGCCAGGACAGCAUAACCUUUCAGUUAGCCACCCCCUUAACUCACUCCAGCAGAACCGCCUUCUACCCAAUGGUUUGGAGCUGCCUUUCAUGAUGAUGCCCCACCCACUGAUUCCUGUCAGUCUACCUCCUGCAUCAGUUACCAUGGCGAUGAGCCAGAUGAACCACCUCAGUACCAUCGCUAACAUGGCUGCUGCUGCACAGGUGCAGAGUCUCCCUUCCAGAGUGGAAACCUCAGUGAUCAAGGAGCGUGUACCAGACAGCCCUUCCCCAGCACCAUCGCUGGAAGACAGCAGAAGACCUGGAAGCCACCCAUCAUCUCACAGAAGCAGCAGUGUUUCAAGUUCUCCUGCUCGGACUGAGAGCUCAUCAGACAGAAUCCCGGUGCAUCAGAAUGGACUGUCCAUGAAUCAGGCACUUCUAGGUUUGUCACCCAAUGUACUGCCAGGACCCAAAGAAGGUGAUCUUGCCACUCAUGACAUGGGUCAUGACACAAAGAGAAUGCACAUUGAGAAAGAUGAAACUCCACUUUGCACUCCAACAGCAAGAGACAACUUUGAAAAACUUUCUCUUGCGGGUCAUCCUUUGCCUCCUGGAUUCCCAUCACCAUUUCUCUUUCCUGAUGGCUUGUCUUCUAUAGAAACCCUUCUCACCAACAUACAGGGACUGUUAAAGGUUGCCAUCGAUAAUGCCAGAGCCCAAGAGAAGCAAGUCCAACUGGAAAAGACAGAACUGAAAAUGGAGCUAUUCAGAGAACGGGAGCUCAGAGAAACCCUGGAAAAGCAACUGGCAGUGGAGCAGAAAAACAGAGCAAUAAUUCAGAAGCGGUUAAAGAAGGAGAAAAAGGCAAAACGGAAAUUACAGGAAGCACUUGAAUAUGAAACAAAAAGGAGGGAACAAGCAGAACAGACACUGAAGCAGACAUCCUCAACAGACAGCCUCCGGGCACUCAAUGAUUCUUUGACCCAGGAGAUGGAAGCUGACCGCAGCAGUAGCAGAACAGAUGCUGAAAGGACAAUACAAGGUGACCUGCGUGAAUACAUGACAGCACCACUGCUCUGAGAGAGAUGGGCGUCUCUUCCUGAAAACAUCAGUGAUGUACUGAGUCACUCAUGAAACUGCGCAGCAGUUGGUCGAUUAAAGACUUUACAGAGCAGGCAAGCCCGCCUGCAUUUCUUCAUUAAAAGCAGAAAACAAGUGUGAACUUCAUUGUGCGAUGUUCAGAAUGUGCUGUCUCCAGCCCACAUUUACAAAAGAAAACAAAUAAAUAAAAAGACUAAAACCUUCAUCUGUAAAUUAUAGACUGAGCAGUUAAUGCCAGAUAUGUUGAAGAUAACACUGCAAACCGACGCUGAAAGGCUUUGCUAAAAGGCACCACAUUCUGCUCCAAAAGCUAAAGGCCGAGCACAAGAAUAAGAAAUGUCUCGCAGUACAUCUAGAAACGUGUAUUUCGUUUUGUUUGUUUGUUUUUUAUAACCCAGACUGCAAAUUUGAAGACUUUUGUAUUGUACUAAAACCAGCAAGAAAGCUUCAGAUGGAAGGAUCCGAUUUUUUUCUUAAGAUGUUACAAAGGAAGGACGUUUAUUGUGUAAUAUCAAGCAGAUGUUUAGUCUGAAUAAGCUUAUGAAGACAUUUCUGUUUAGUCCACUUGUUCAAGACAUCUACUCGAAAACAAUCUAAUUUAAAACGUUUUUAGACAAAAAAAAAAAGAAAAAAUCCUAUGAUUCAUAGGCUGUUUUUCACCUUAUUGUAUAUUUCCUGUUCUGAAGUAAUUGGACGUUUUGGAAAACUGUUAACCAAGAUGAUGUGUAUAUAUAAAUACAAGUUAUGAGCAGAAGGUAUGAUGUAUGCAGUAGAUUUAUUAGGAAGCAAAACAUUAAAAAAGGAAGUUGGAUUUUUGUUUUUUUUUUUUUUGCUGUUUUUUUUUAUUAUUAUUAUUGUUAUUUUUCAAAUUAAUAAUAUUUUAUUUUGUUUUUGUUUUGGUCAUCCUGAUGUUAGAAAGCUGCCUUUCUAGUUUUAACGCAUGCAGGCAUGUAAAUGUUUGUCCUGGAAUCAUUUAAUGAUCGACAUUUGGGCAUUUUGGAGGUUUUAAUGCAAAACCUCCUUUUUUUUUGCCAGCCACUUUUUUGCAAAAAAAAAAAAAAAACAACCUAAUAAUAAGAAUAAUAAAACCCUGGUCAUUCUUGUUUUUGGCAUUCAUCUGAUGCAGACAUGAGAUUUAUUUUUGUAACCAUUUCAUUGUUCACUGCUGUGGAGGAUCUCAAUGACCAGAACUCGAGCAGAGACUGGUGUCUGUGUACAACUCGGUGUGUUUCUGAAUCCCAUUUACAGUGCUUUUCACCUUUUGUGCAGAUAACUGGAAGUAAAAUUACCAUGAAGUACAGUAACAGUCCCUACCGACGUAGCGUAGUCUCCUGUUUGUUUUAAACGUGCGUGCAGAGCGGUUAACCCGUUUGAAGGCAAGGUCUGACAGUACUCGCUUUCCUUAGAGCUGCUAAUCCGUCUUUUUAUUCUUUAGGGCAAAUUACUUUUUAUUAUUUAUACACUGUAACCGAAUAAGUAAGUUUGGCACAGAACACUCUAAUACUUCUCACACUGGAACAGUAAAUAUGAUAAGGCAUUAUGUCGUGUGCACAAACCUUACUGAGUAAGAAAUUGAAAUGGCCCACCAGUGGUACGGAAAAAUCGAAAACAAAGGCAUAAAGAAACUCGCGCAUAGGGGUAACGUGUAACUUUAGGUCCACGUUCGAUCUGAAGAUAAGUGGAGUUUUCAGUUAAAACGUAUGUUUUGUUUGUAUACUGUAUGUAUUUAAUGUUUACUGCAUUAUAUGCAGGUGCCAAGGCGAUGAACACUCCGCACGUCUUUCUGUAGUGCAGAUUUCCAAUUUGCCUCAAUUACAGUAUAAAGGAAGAAGGGCUGUCUCACCCACUCGUGCCCUCUCAGAGAUCAAACUUGAGCAAACGGUUAAUUAUGGAAUUAUUUGCUCGAGCUACGUCUUUUUUUGUGUUUCGCUUUUAAUGCGAUGAAAGCAUUGAAGCUGUCAGCACUUCUCUUACACUGAAAAGUUUUGUUCAGAAAUUGUUUUUUUUGUUUUGUUUUGUUUUGUUUAAAGGAAUCCCCGUCUUUCAAAUCUGACCAUGUAAAUGUUCUUAAAAAAAAAAAGAAAUAACCUUUAAAGGGUUAGCAGCCUCGUAUGAUGCUGGCAAUCUUUGUCCUUUCGGUGAGAGCAGUGUAAAGUACAGGUAUGUUGUUGCAUUUUGAGUCACUCUGCUCCUUGCAUAGAGUCAUUAUUAUGAGUUCAUUGGGUUAAACAAAAUGCACACUUUCUCAGAAACUGUCAAAGUGUCAUUUAGGGGAGAAAGAACAAAAAAAAAUAAAUAAACGGCUGAAUGGGGUUAUAGGAGAAAGGAAGAAGGAACAUUAACAUGUUACUUACUUUCCAGAACAAAGCCACAUAGUAAUUUAUUGUCUCUAAUUGACCGUGUGUCAUACAAAGCAUCGUAAAAGUCAUGCUCAGCAUUUCCAACUGUGUCCAUUAGUAUCAGGCGCUCCUGUAUAAUAACCAUAUCGGCACUCUAUGCAAGCCUUUGGAUCAGACCCUGCUCAUCUUCACGUAGGACCUAUGAAAAUUGUCUAUUUUUAUCUAUAUAUUUAACGUUUUCUAAAAGUUAUAUAAAAAAAAAAGGUUAUUAAAAUUUUGUUGUACAAAAUCUGUACAAAAAAAAGACAAAACUCUUUUUACAUCAUAACUCAAGAAUGCAAGUUUUUUUUCUAUGGUAGCUAGCUCUUUGAGUCCAGUUUCAAUGUGAGAAACCACGUUUUACUGUAUUUAAUUUUCUUUUUUUCUUUUCAACAAACUGCUAAUAAAAACUGUCUGAAAUCUUC